GAGGUUGUAUUAUAAAUAGGUGCUGAGACUGAAAAUACACUUUGCUUAAAUAUACCCCCCAUAACACACAUACCUACUAUUUUCGUAUUUAGUAAAAAAAAUCUUGAUUUCUAUUUAGUUGGCUGCAAGAUACCAGCACAUAUGCAACAAGGAAUGACUCUAUAUGAUCCGCGCGAACGACGAACAAUCUCCGCAGCUAACCGCUAUGAAAUGCAGCACAAUCAAUCUCUGAUAUUUUCUUGUGAACCAUCUGACGUGUUUUACUUCGAGCCAAACCGAAGAAUGUUCGAAUGUGUCAAAGGGUCAUGGGUUGCUAAAAAACGCUCUCACGUGGAUACGUGGGAUUUUGGAAACAACGGGUCUUUCCCCGAAUGCCGAAGAGAUUAUUGCAAGUUUGGUGGUCACUGCAUCUAAGAUCAUGUAUGCGAAUGUCCGGAACAAACGAGCGGGAAACAGUGUGAAACACCCCUGUGCAAUCCUGACUGUCAGAACGGAGGAACGUGUGUAUCACCUGACAGAUGUCAGUGCCCUGAGGGAUUUGAUGGAAGACGAUGUGAAAACGACACAAAGCCACCUCUUGAAGCGUCAACCAGUGCUAACAAGUGUACAGCAAUAGCUAACGGACAGAUAACAGAUCGUGGUAAAUCUUUCACGUGCAACACAUACUACAAACCUGCGUUUACAAAUGGAAUGGAUGUUAUCUUGUAUACGAGAUACUCGUGUACGUGCAAUCAGACAUCCGGUAAAUUACAGUGCAAGGGGACGGAGGUAGCAUGCACGCCAAUUGGCUGCAAGAUACCAGCACAUAUGCAACAAGGAAUGACUCUAUAUGAUCCGCGCGAACGACGAACAAUCUCCGCAGCUAACCGCUAUGAAAUGCAGCACAAUCAAUCUCUGAUAUUUUCUUGUGAACCAUCUGACGUGUUUUACUUCGAGCCAAACCGAAGAAUGUUCGAAUGUGUCAAAGGGUCAUGGGUUGCUAAAAAACGCUCCCACGUGGAUACGUGGGAUUUUGGAAACAACGGGUCUUUCCCCGAAUGCCGAAGAGUUGUGUGUCCAGCAGAUUAUUGCAAGUUUGGUGGUCACUGCAUCCAAGAUCAUGUAUGCGAAUGUCCGGAACAAACGAGCGGGAAACAGUGUGAAACACCCCUGUGCAAUCCUGACUGUCAGAACGGAGGAACGUGUGUAUCACCUGACAGAUGUCAGUGCCCUGAGGGAUUUGAUGGAAGACGAUGUGAAAACGACACAAAGCCACCUCUUGAAGCGUCAACCAGUGCUAACAAGUGUACAGCAAUAGCUAACGGACAGAUAACAGAUCGUGGUAAAUCUUUCACGUGCAACACAGACUACAAACCUGCGUUUACAAAUGGAAUGGAUGUUAUCUUGUAUACGAGAUACUCGUGUACGUGCAAUCAGACAUCCGGUAAAUUACAGUGCAAGGGGACGGAGGUAGCAUGCACGCCAAUUGGCUGCCAGAUACCAGCACAUGUGCAACAAGGAAUGACUCUAUAUGAUCCGCGCGAACGACGAACAAUCUCCGCAGCUAACCGCUAUGAAAUGCAGCACAAUCAAUCUCUGAUAUUUUCUUGUGAACCAUCUGACGUGUUUUACUUCGAGCCAAACCGAAGAAUGUUCGAAUGUGUCAAAGGGUCAUGGGUUGCUAAAAAACGCUCCCACGUGGAUACGUGGGAUUUUGGAAACAACGGGUCUUUCCCCGAAUGCCGAAGAGUUGUGUGUCCAGCAGAUUAUUGCAAGUUUGGUGGUCACUGCAUCCAAGAUCAUGUAUGCGAAUGUCCGGAACAAACGAGCGGGAAACAGUGUGAAACACCCCUGUGCAAUCCUGACUGUCAGAACGGAGGAACGUGUGUAUCACCUGACAGAUGUCAGUGCCCUGAGGGAUUUGAUGGAAGACGAUGUGAAAACGAGUCAUGGAGUGGCUGGAUGUUUCCUUUGAGACAGAGGUAGUAACAACGGCACAACAUGAUCCGAAGCGCACAGUCGACAUGAAUGUGAUGACAAGAACAGUCUGAUGAAGUGUCGUCUGAUCGUCUCAGCUAGUCUCUGCUACUUCACCAUGUACACCGAAAUCUGCUGCAACAGCUGUCAAAGAUUCUUCAAUGGGGAAUAGAGACAACAUGUAUUCUUGUGAAACCAAACCAACAGAAAUAUUGUGUAUUCAUACUUAUGUGAAGUUAUAUUUUUAAACUUGUAUUACAUAUUUUAUGACUUUCUUGUUAAUGACAAUAUGAAAUCAGUUUGAGUGUGUUAUCUAUCGGUUGCAUCCAAGCAUCUCUUUCGGUUUGAAAUGAGAUGCAAGUUUUUAUGUUUGUACUAUGCACUAACAGUUACAGAAAACUUUGCGUAAAAAUGGGAAUUUGGUGCUCAUUAUUCGACCUAUGUGCUGAAAUGUAUGCUAAGUUUCAUACAUUAUGAAAUAGCCUUUUAUUAAUUAUUGUAUUAAAAAAACAAAAAAAAGAAACGCUUGUGAUGACCAAUUUUUUAACAAGCCUGUUGCAUAAACUUUAUUAAGAAGGACAAUUACAUGUUUUGACAGAAUUGUUUGAUAAAGCUGAUGGUGUAAAUUGGCAGUAUUUUGCAUUGCACUGUUUAUUGAAAGAUUCUUAUAUUCUUCAAGGUCAGUAUGCUUUUGUUAUAUCUAGCCACUGUUGGAACACUCCACACCUCAUUUUGAGAUUUUGCUGCGCUUGUUUUGUAUAGUUCACAACGUACGUCGGAAUCAUUAAUGAUUGUUCACAUACAAUUUGAAUUAAAGGUUACCUUUUAAAUUUUCUUUUGGUAUAAACACUAUUGUUUAAUAUGUUAUCACUAUCUGUAUGUGGUAUUAAGAAAUGGUGUAUUUUUAAAACACUGACAUCAAGUUACAAGUUUACUUUGUGCGUAUGGUUGAUUGCUUAUUAUCAUAAAUGUCAGUCGGUCUAUUUAUUCAAUAAUUAAGAAUGUAAAACAUAUAUUUAAACAACAUAGUACAAUGCAGUAGUAUAUUCCAUUACGUUAGAAGACCACUGAUAUAGGGUUAAUAUAUAUUGUUUCAUGUAUUAAAAGUGUUUACUUAAAUUGCCUGGUGCUAAAGGGAGAAAUCUCCCAAUUUACUAACAUUCUUCAAAACAAUUAAAUGUAUUUCUUAAUGUGUUAAUGACAUUGAUGAAACUAUAGGAUUCCCAAAAGAAUCAAACCUUUGAUGUAAUAAUUAUGUUCAGCAUUAUGUUAAGAUUAUGUUUAUGAGAUAAAAAUAAUUGAAAAUUUUAAGUUUAUUGUCAAAGUGUUUUUUCUAACAUGUUCAAAUCAUGAAACAAAGUUAUGCUUUUGUGUUUCAAUGUGUGCGUGUACUAAUCUGUUUGUAUGCAUUUAUUUGGUACUUAUGGUAUAUGUUUGUAUAAGUAAGAAAGUAAGCAAGUAAAUAGUUUAUGAUAGUGACAUGU